AUGUCUGGAAAAGUGCCGCUCAACCGAAAUUCCGAAGACAAGGGCCCCAUGGCUCUUGACGUUGUCAUCUCUAUGUCGGUCCUCAGCGCCCUCUUCACCGCUGGGAGACUUUUUGUCAGAGGAAAAAUAUUGAAGCAUUUUCAUCUUGACGACUAUUUGAUUGUCGCAUCUGUAGUUUGCGGAUGGACGAAUGUUGGAACGGCUAUCGCGGUGGUGGCGCACGGAAAUGGCCGGCACUUUGACGUGCUAACACUCGAGCAGAAGUCCGGAGCGAUACUCUGGACCAUUGCCGGCUUCCCUCCUGGGGUCAUGUCUUUUGGACUCCCGAAGCUUGCUGUCGUCGCGCUCCUCACACGAAUCAUGAAACCUAGCAGAUGGCAUGCGCUUUUCCUGUGGUUCAUCGCCACAUUUUGUCUCAUCAACUUGAUUGGAUGCGACUUUUCGGUCACAGACAAGACGUGCUGGUAUAAGUGGAUUCUGGUUUACUUUGCCAUCUACUCUGGAGGUUUCUGCGCGCUUGUGGAUCUUUACUUGGCCAUCUAUCCAGCCGUCGUCCUUGCGAAGCUGCAGAUGAGUAUAAGAAAGAAGGUAGCUCUGAGCAUCGCUCUUGGAAUUGGGUCAAUCUCAUCGAUCGUUGCCAUAUACAAAUGCUCCCGACUUCCAAGUCUCGCAAGCAUGGAUUUCUCAUACGACACUUCGGACCUAGUAACUUGGACCAUAGUCGAGGGCAGCACGAUGAUCAUUGCCGCAUGCAUUCCCGUACUGCAACCUCUCGGCGAGCUCAUCUUUGGCAAGCGCAUCUUCAGUUCUGGGGGAGGCAGGUAUACGUAUGAGAACUAUGGUUCGGGUCCGAGUGGCCAAUAUCGAUCCGAUAUCGAAAUGUCUCGAUCCAAGGAAGCGACGAAGAGAGUAGCCAGAAGGCAACACAGCGCUAAUGCGAUCAGCUUUGACGAUACGGUAUCAACAACGAUGGUCACAAGGGGAAGUCAAGAGAGCAUUCUUCAAGGGAGAAACGUGGGCAGAGAUAUUGUAAGAACAGAUGUAAUCAGCGUUAGCAUUGAGUCGAGCAAGUCUUGAUGUAAGUUCGAUUCCUCCAACUACCUUAAGCGACGCAGUCAACCUCCGACUCUUGCUGAGUGAACAAGUCACGUAUUUACCGC